AUGCUCGUUCCAUCACCUCUCGUCGCCGGCCUUGUGGGCUCCAUCGUCACCGGUGCCCUGGGCUUAAAUCUCGCCACAGCCGCGUCGAACGUGAAGGUCAUGAGCCUCAACGUCCGCACGUCGCGCGCUCCUGACCCGUGUCCGGUCGGUUGCUGGGAGUAUCGCCAGUGGAGAUUCAAGACUUUUUUGGAAAGCACUAGUCCUGAUUUCUUGGCCGUCCAAGAAACAGCUCCCGACCAAGUCCUCUUCAUCCAGACUCAGCUCGGGUACACGAGCACAGGUGAGUGUGCGGGUGAGUGUCAGUCGGAAGAACGCAACAGCAUUUUCUACAAGGCCGAUCGCUUCCGCCUGCUGACGUCGCAGACCUUCGCUUUGAGUGACACUCCCGCAGUGCUGCCGUCUAACACGUGGAACCUCGAGUACCUCCGUGCCGCGGUCGUGGCUCGCUUCCUUGACUUGAGCUCCAACGUGGAGAUUUGCAUGCUGAACACACACUACGACAUCUCACGCGGCCAGAACCAGUCGUCGGUUCUGGUUGCGAACCUACUAAAAGAACACUGCCAAUUUAACGACGCUGUGUUCAUGACCGGAGAUCUGAACCAUACGCCUGAAGGUCCCGCUGUCCAGUACCUUCUCGGUAAUGUCGAGAUCAACAAUCAGCGGACGCCAUUUCCAUUGUAUGAGACGCUGACUGCUGUGGGUGCGGGCGGACCGACGUGGAUUGGACCCAGUUUUGGAGUCGAGCUCACUGGCAUCAAGUUCGACUACAUCCUUGCGCGUGCCGAGCGCAGAACGUGUCUCCUCCGCGGCGCGGUUCUGGCUGGUACCGUCAAUAACAACUCCAUCUCCGACCACGCGGCAGUGCUUUCCGAGUUCUGUCUCGGAGACGGAUGCACGAACUGCGUGGCGCAGGCAUCGUAG